UCUCGUAGGCAGCCAACGCGAGGCUCAGCCCCAGCUACUAGCGCUGAGUCUUAGCGCGUCGUGUGUGCGCCUCGCUCGCUCGCUCGCUUCCUUUUUGCCUCGCUUAUCCGCCUAGGAGGUUAACGCGAACAAUACAGAGAAUUUAAAAAAUGGCUAAAGGUGACCCGAAGAAGCCGAAGGGGAAGAUGUCGGCCUAUGCCUUCUUCGUGCAGACCUGCCGUGAGGAGCACAAGAAGAAGAAUCCAGAAGUUCCGGUCAACUUUGCAGAAUUUUCCAAGAAAUGUUCGGAGCGGUGGAAGACCAUGUCGAGCAAAGAGAAGGGUAAAUUUGAUGAGAUGGCCAAAGCCGACAAAGUACGGUAUGAUCGGGAAAUGAAAGAUUAUGGGCCAGCGAAGGGGGGUAAGAAGAAGAAGGAUCCUAAUGCCCCCAAACGGCCACCGUCUGGAUUCUUCCUCUUCUGUUCAGAGUUCCGUCCCAAGAUCAAAUCGACUAACCCGGGCAUUUCUAUCGGAGACGUGGCCAAGAAGCUGGGGGAAAUGUGGAACAAUCUAAGCGAUGGGGAGAAGCAGCCUUACAAUAACAAGGCUGCAAAGCUGAAGGAGAAAUAUGAGAAGGAUGUUGCAGAUUACAAAUCUAAAGGCAAGUUUGAUGGUGCGAAGAGCGCGGCAGCCAAAGCAGCGGCUGCAACUCGGAAAAAGGUAGAGGAAGAGGAGGAGGACGAAGAAGACGAAGAGGAGGAGGAAGACGAGGAGGAGGACGAUGAAUGAAAAAAAAACUGUAUCAUACUUGUCUCCAUGUGAAUACCAUAGAGUAGGGGGAAACACAUUCGGAAAAAUAACAAACCUUGCACCUCUUAUUUUAGAUGGUGUUUUAUUUGCCCUUUAUUAGAUUUAAUGACACAAUUUGGAUUUUGAUCACACCGUAGCUUCUUGGGGAAGAAAUUUAACUAUAAGCGUGCUAGGAAAAUACAGAAGUGGAAGUUUAAAAAAAAGAAGAAAAAACCAUUGUAACUGGUUUACAUUAAGAGGCCAUGGGUUUCCUUAGGCGCCCUGAAACUUGUAACAAAGUUGUACAUAUUUCCAAACAUUUUUAAAACAAUAUGAAAAAAAAGGUGGAAACGAUACACUCUAGUGUUCUCCUCAACUCUGUGCACUUUCCUGUUGGUGUAACAAAGCAUUUAAAAAUGUUUCAAGCAUCUUAUUUUUUAAUUUGUAAGGUGGUGUUUAACUAUAUGGUUAUUGGCUAGAAACUCCUGGGUUAUAAACUGUACAUAUCUAUAGUUUGUAAAAACUAGACAGAUUCUUGUGGUACAUGCCUUGAGCGGUGAUAACCUUGGAGAGGAAGGCAAAAACAGUUUUAGGAAAGCUGUUAUGCUCUUUUUUUUUCCGCAAAGGGGUCAUGUCUCAGGGAAUGCACUACGAAAGUAGAUCUAUUCACACUACAGUGGGCGUCCAUUUAGCUUAAAGUUGUCUUUCUGUAUAUAGUGAAAUUAGCAUUCUGCGGCCAUUCUUAGUUGUGGAAGGGGCGGGGGGAGUUCAGGUGGCAUGAGAAAAUUGUAUGGAAUCUUUUUUUUUUCCUUUUAGUUAAGUGGGGGUAGUUUUUAAACGGAAGCUGUAGGGUCUCUUCAUGGCCAGCAUCGAGUGAAGAGAGGACGCAGAAAACUGAAGUUCAAAAACACUCUGUACUUUAAAAAGAGAAACAAAAAAAAUUUGCAAAAACGUUAUGUUGGUUUUUUGUAUGUUUAGAAUGCUGAAAUGUUUUUGAAGCAAAAAUAAACAGUAUUACAUUUUUAAAACUUCUUGACAAUAUUCUAAAUUUCCUGCUUUUAACAAGAUUACUUUUAGCAGCAGCAAAGGGGGGGAUGUAGUUGCAAUUCUAGGCCCCACCGAUAGUCUUAUUUUUUGUUUGUUUUGUUUUUAAAAAAUCAAACCUUUCAGAAAUACAUCCUUCUCCCUCCCUGGCUGAACACGAUGCAAAGUUAAUUCUCUUCUAGGAAAGGUGACUUCUUGAGCUGAUUGGAUGUUUAAAAAAAAGAUGCUAUGCAAGUUUGAAUCUCCUAUUAACUUGAAAGCGGAACCCUAACCGAACGCUUCUGACUCUUAGAAAUGUGUGAGUACCGUCAUUCAGAAAAAGGUAGGUGAUUUGAGAGUGGGCAGGCAUUACUUUAUAGCUGUGUUGGGUAUACUGAUGGCCUGAAUGCUAUGCUUUGUAAAUAUUAAAAUGUGCCUUUUUUGUCCUGUGUUUAAA